UUCAUCUUCAACCUCAAUCAAAUCUGCCAUUGUUAAUGGAUUUAUAAAGAAAAAUUAUACUCAUCUUAACUCCAUUACCGAGCUGAUCUCUGUGCAAUUUUCGUCCAUUGAUAGCUUCGCAGUCAAGAUCAAACCAGAUAUGCAUAGUAUUUUGAUAUUUGUUCACUACAAUGGAGAAUGGAAUCAAAACAUGGAGUAUGUAAAUUUUGAACCAAUGGGAAUAUUGGUUAAAGAAGACAGUGACUACAACAGUUUAUUGGAAAUUCUGUCAAAGCAACUCAAUAUCAACCUUAUGUCAACUUCCCUGAAAAUUAAGUAUCAAGUCAAAAACAAUUAUCCACCAAUGAAAAUAACAGACAAUGGAAAUUUGUCAUUCUUCUUGGAGCUGAAAAAGAAUACAACAUAUUGCAUGAUGUACCCGUUAUGCAUUUCAUUCAUAUCGUCCGGAAAUGAAGUGGCAUUCUUUGACUCAACUUUCAAUGUAUCAAAUGCGGAUGUGCAGUCAGGACAACAAUCAGCAAAUGCAUCAAGAUCAACAUAUGAGGUAGGCUCAACAAGUGAAAAAAGGAAAGAACAGAUGUCCGAUGUGAUAAACUAUGCUAGAUUUUUGAACAAUGAGUUCACACAUGAUGAAGAUGAAGUGGAAAGUAACUUCAAAGAUGAUAAUUUAAUAACAGACACAAAACAUAGAGAAAUCAAAGAAGGACAGUCAUACAAGAACAAAGAUGUUUUGAAAUCAGUUUUGAGCUCUUAUGCAAUCAAAAACCAUUUUCAAUUCAAGGUUUCAAAUUCAAAUGAUAAUGUGAAGACAGUCUAUGAUCAUAAAACAAAGUUCAUUGUCGACCUUAAAGAAAGAACGUGCACAUGUAGGAGAUUCGACAUUGAUGAAAUUCCUUGCCCACAUGCAAUGGCAAUACUCAAAGAAUUCAAUCAAGAUCCUUACAAAUUUUGUUCGCAUUAUUUCACAAAAGAAACAAUACUGAAGACAUAUGAAGAAACAGUAUAUCCAGUGGUAGAUGAAAGUUUGUGGAAUGUCCCAGAAGAAGUGGCACAAAAGAUUGUUAAUACAUCACAAGGAAGAACAAAGUCGGGAAGGCCUAGGAAGAAAAGAAUUAGAUCUGCCGAGGAACUACAAAUCAUAACAAGUGCAGCAGAUGUGAAAAAAAAGGACACAAUGUGAAGACAUGCAGGAAUAUGCCUAAGAAAAAAUGAUCCAAUUUAUUAAAGUUCACUUCAGGUUGAUAUAAGGUUGUUUUGAGGUUCAAAUACAUUUCAAUUAAAAAGACAUAUUGAAGUUUUAAAGUAAUAUAAAUUUCAAUUUCUUUAUAUAUAAAAUGUCCUAUAUAUUAAUGCAA